GUUGGUUGUUUUUCUCCCUAGGGGCUCUGCGUGCUCUGCUAGCCGUCCAGACGGAGCUGCAGGAGAGGCCGCAAAGGAUGCUGAGCUGCGAUCUGGCAAACUGAAAUAUGACUGAUCGAGAUGAGCCUCAGGCUUCUGGCUCUGAUUACCAUGGUGCCCAAGAUCUGAUACAUGGUCAUCAGGAGCCAUCCAAGGAGUAUGCAUGGCAGACAAAUACAAGAAAGGAGUGUUCACGCUCAAGGCAGAAGAAUGCUGCUCCUGGGGAGUCUUCGAAUCAUCUUAACAGUAUAUGUGAAUCAUCAACUGCUUCAGCUGAGGUUUUACUUAUCAGCAGCGAUUCAGAAAUUGAUGUCUCUGUUGCUCCUGGCAGUGAGUGCCAUCCUGGGUGCUCCAUUGCACCAUCAAAGCAAAAAAGGAGGUGUCAGUCUUCAAGGCAACAAGCUGAAUCUGUUGCAGAAGUGCCUGACAAUGAAAGCUCGUCAGAUUCUUCUCUGUCUCCCCAAAGUCCAAUGAAAUCAUCGGAAGUUUCCAAGCAGCAGAAGUCAAAACUCAAUUUGAAAGCCAUUUUUGCCUAUCACUUCAGGGGAAAGAAGUUUAAAGCUGCCGCACACCGAAAAUACAAAGCUGGCUCAGGGAAGAAAAGGAAGAAAAAGAAAAAAUGUGAGGGCACAAGGAUGCCCACAGGGAGACCACCACUGACAGCCUCACCUCAGGAGCAAAAGAGGAGGCUACUGGACAGAGGUUUUCAGUUCCCUUUUGUCGAAAAACAUUAUGGGGAGAAACAUAUUCCCUUAAAGAUGGUUCUUGGCUAUGAGCAAGCAGCUGCAAAGGGAUAUUUCAAGUACAUUGAAGUGCUUAAAUAUGAAGAACAUCUUAAAAAAGCUUUAAAAGCCCUUCAGGCUGGUGAAGACUUAGAAAAAGAAUGUGUGGUAUUACGGAAACACAAAUACCUAGAUGAUGAAGGCCCCAUUUCUCCUAUUCAGGAGACAGAUGAUGAUGAGGACAGCUUGAAUUCUGAUAAUAAAGAGCAAUAUGAUGCCAGAAUAGUGGAGAACAGCUCUUUCAUUAUAAGCAGCACAAUUCCCAGUAAGAAAAAAUCAAAGCCAGAAACAAAACGUGCAAAAUCAACUGAAGUGAUUGAAAUAGAGGAUGACGAAGACAGUGCAGAGGAGAACUCCUUGCCUGUGCAAGGUUCACCUCUGUGAACAGCAGAUGGGACAAAUGAGGUGUCAGUGGUCGUUUUUCAUGGCCUGCUUCGUUUAAAGCAUUGGUCUGAAGUCAAUCUUGAGCUAUCCACCGAGCUACCCAGUCACAUCUGGUGUAAUUUUAUAUUGCUUUUGGAGGAUGAAAUACCACUCAGUUUUCUUGCUGCACGAGAUGAGAACACCAAUGCUGCAGCAGUGGGCAGAUUUAAUUUUUUGGGGAGCAUUUGAUUUAUUAUGGCUGUUUGCUGGCCCGCUGAUUCACAAAUCUGACAGUUCAGUGAAUUUCUGUUCAACAUGGGAGUGAAGGAGGGGCAUUCUUGUGAUGUCUGGAAUGCAGUAGAAGGCCUCUACUUAAGUGAAGUCCAUGUGAUAGUCCAGUCUGAACUACUGUCUUGGAGGCAUGUAUUUAGAGAAAAUAACAGAAGAAAUGCAGGAUGCCAUUUCACAGCAAUCCGAAGCUAUGUCUAGGGUGUACUGUGACAUGCUUUGAUAGAAAUGAAAAAAAUUAUUCAAGUGGAAAAGCUUGGUGCUUUAGGAUACUGAACAAAGUGAACCUUCCUGUAUUAAAAAGAUGAGCUGUGGAAGAUAAAAGCAACCUGUUUUAUAGUGUCUGCUACCAAGUUGCUGCAUGUCAGAGGGAUGAGAAACUCUACCUGAGUGCUACCAAAGUGAGUGUGAAGGCUCUGGUGAUACUGCUGAAAGUCUGCUGCAGUGAGCUACACAGCUGUUCCAAAUGGAGAAAGAUCUUACCUAAAGUGUUAAUUGCAGUUAUUUGGCAUUAAAAGUAGUGCAUAUUGUAACUUGCCUCUUGUCCUCCUGUGAGAUAUGAAGGUGCCUGUGUGCGAUGUUAGAGAAGACCAAGCUGAGUAUAUUGUGUUGUAAUUUGACUGAAAAUAACUUGAUCAGGUGUUUUCCCUAACUUCCCUGUCACUGAAUUCUCACUGUACUGAAGCCCUGGAUAGGUAUUUAUUCUGUACAGAAUGUCACAGCAUUUAAAUAAAACUGUCUCUGAGCUGCA